AAUUCUCACAAACAGGUUUAGAAACACCUCUCUCUCUCUCUCCCUCUCUGUAGAUAGAGCCAUUGAUCUCUGCCCAGACUCCAAACCCUAGGCAUCACCACAACGUCCUUCCUUUGAUCAAAUUGAUUCACCAAGAAUCGCACUUGUCGGUGUUGGCGUUUUGGAAGAGAACUCGAUCGGAGUUUUGAUAUCUCAGCAUUACCAUGGAUAUAAAGGCAGCCAGAAGAGUAUCAGUGUAUAAGCAAUUAGGCGGAGAACGUCAUGGACAUGUUAUGAAAAACAACAAAGUAUGUUCCUAUUGGCUUCAGGGUAGAUGCAGCAGGAACCCAUGCAGGUUCUUGCACCCAGAAUUGUCGCCAAUCCCACAACCAUUUGUACAGUCUCAUUCCACAUGCGAAGAUCACAGUGUUACGUCCAGAUUGACUUGGAGGAAUCCAAACUUCUCUAGCUCCAAGAAUGCACCAAAGUGUGGAGCUGAUUCUGGAGGUAAAAGUAGCUAUCAAGAAGGUCAGCCAAAUGUUUCCAAAAUUGAAAGAGAUGGAGGCAAAAGUACUCAAAAAACCCAACAAAAGUUGUGCAAGUUCUGGGUUAUGGGCAACUGUGUCAAGAGUGAUAAUUGUGGAGACUUGCAUUCGUGGUUUUAUGGCAAUGGUUUUACGAUGUUGGCCAAGUUAGAAGGGCACAAUAAGGCUGUCAUUGGGAUCUCCCUCCCUUCUUGCUGCGAUAAGCUCUUCUCUGCUAGCAAUGAUAAAUCUGUGAGAAUUUGGGACUGCAAUACUGGUCAGUGUGCUGAGGUUGUUAAGCUUGAGGGCACAAUUGGGACUUUGGUCAGUGAAGGUCCAUGGGUGUUUGUGGGAUUGUCAAAUGCUGUUAAGGCAUGGAACAUUCAGUCUAAUGUUGAACUCACUCUUAAUGGACCAGUUGGGCAAGUUUACGCCUUGGUUGUGGGUAAUGACAUGCUUUUUGCCGGGACAGAGGAUGGCACCAUACUAGCCUGGAAGUCCAGUUGUGAAACUAGUUGCCCUGAGGUGGCUGCAACUCUGAAGGGCCAUAGUCGUGUUGUCCUCUCGCUCUUUGUUGGAGCCAAUCGGCUCUACUCUGGUUCCAUGGACAAGACAAUAAGAGUUUGGGAUCUCCAAACUUUGCAGUGCAUCCAGACGCUGGAUGGGCAUGCUAAUGCUGUUAUGUCUGUCCUUUGCUGGGAUAGCUACUUAAUAUCUGGUUCCCUGGACAGUACAAUUAAGGUUUGGGCUGCAACUGAAAGUGGGACAUUGGAAGUAGUAUAUGAACGUAUGGAAGAUCAUGGUGUUCUUGCAUUGUGUGGGAUAUACGAUGCUGAUGCUAAGCCAAUUCUUCUCUGCUCAUGUAAUGACAACGCUGUCCGCCUCUAUGACUUGCCAACAUUUAUUGAAAGGGGAAGAAUAUUUGCAAAGCGGGAAGUUCGUGCUAUUCAAAUAGGCCCUGGGGGGCUCUUUUUCACUGGAGAUGCCACCGGGCAGGUGUUUGUUUGGAAAUUGCUUGGAGAUCCAAGUGCAGCGGCAUCAUGAAAACAUAUCUGCAUAAAGAGUGUCCUUGUAAAUUAAUUAAUUUUUUUUUGCAAAUUAGAAGCGAAAUGAAGGGUUCAGCCAAGGUCCAUGUGUAACACUUUAACUCAGUUUUACUGGGAGCGAGUUAUUUGAGAAUGCCAAUCUUACCAUUUUAAUUUUUCGCUUGAGUUGCUGCUUGUUUAUUGGGGUUUUAAGUUACUUUAUAUUGGUAGAGAACUAAGAUAAAAUGUGAUGAAUAUCAUUGUGUAAGCCUCUUGGAUCCUCUGGACAUCACUCUGGAGUUAGAGCUGUCAAUGUAACGUAUUAUGUUGUGUUCUUGUACCAUCUAA